GUAGCAGACAGACCGGUGUCUCGCGAGAGACCGCAUACCGUGAGAAUCCUUGUGCUAGUCGUGGGAAGAGACGAGCAAAUCAGGCGGAAAUCACAUCAGCUCUACUAUGGCAGAUCAGGGAGCGAAAUGUUCGGCUAUCUUCUAUGAGCGAGGAUCCCUGCGUAUUCUUGAUCAGCUCUCACUGCCUGAGAAGACCGAAAUGAUCCAGAUCAGGACAAUCGACGAUGCGUGGAAUGCCAUCAACAAGAUGCAGGUCCGUGGAGCACCAGCUAUCGCCAUCGUUGGUGUUCUGAGCGUUGCCGUCCUGUUGGAGCGCAUGGAAACGGAGGAAAAAGCUGAGAUCCAUCGAGAGAUAGUCCGCGCACUCGACCAUCUGGUCACCAGUAGACCAACAGCUGUGAACAUGAAGAACGCCGCUGAGGAAUUCAAGGCCCUCAGCUCGAGUCUCUUGAACGAUGUAGACACGAACGGCACGAGCCAUAGGCAGAAAAUAAUUGAGGCAGCUGAAGACAUGUACCGACGAGACGUCGAAACCAACAAAUCUCUCGCGAGGUUUGGUGCAGAAUAUAUACUCCGCGCAAUCCCAGCGGGGAAGGUCAAUGUCUUGACGGUGUGCAAUACUGGAAGCUUGGCGACAGCAGGAUACGGCACCGCGCUAGGAGUCAUCCGCAAACUGCACGAAGAAAACCGAUUGGAGACCGCCUAUUUCACAGAAACCAGGCCCUACAAUCAGGGUGAAAGACUCACUGCUUAUGAACUGGCGACCGAGGGAAUCCCCUCAAUGAUGAUCUGCGAUAAUAUGGUAUCAUUCCUGAUGAAGAAAAAGCAAAUUCAUGCUGUGGUCGUGGGAGCGGAUCGUGUCACUUCGAACGGAGACACUGCGAAUAAAAUCGGCACAUAUCAGGCUGCCAUCGCCGCGAAGUAUCACAAGGUACCGUUUUUGGUUGCCUGUCCCUCCACGACAAUAGAUGUGCGCAAGUCUUCGGGCGACGAGAUUCCCAUAGAAGAAAGAGCUGCAAGCGAAGUUUCGAAGCGGAUCAGAACUCCUUGCUGGAAUCCGGCUUUCGAUGUUACUCCGAACGAACUCGUCACAGCUAUCGUUACUGAACGAGGAGCCUUCGAGUUUAAAUCGAACGAAUGGAAGCAGUUCGUCGCGACUUGUGAAGGGAAGUGAUUCAAUAAAACUGUGAGCUGUAGUCA